AUGAGAGUUCAAGAAUUUGCAAACUGGAUUAUCUCAAUUGGUGAUGGAAAAGUUGACGACAACCAUAAAGAAGCAGAAGAAAUUACAAUUCCAGAUGAGUUAUUGUUAAACCCUACUCAAGAUCCUCUUAGGUGUAUUGUUGAUUCCACUUAUCCAGAACUGCUACAGAAUAUACAUAGUGCAUGUUAUUUCCAGGAGCGUGCUAUCUUAGCUCUAACAUUAGCAGUUGUUGAUGAAGUCAAUGAAUAUGUUUUAUCCAUGCUCCCAGGUGAUGAAGUUUGCUACUUAAGCGCAGACACGGUUUCCAAACAAGAUGAAAUAGGAGGUGCUUUACAAGAUAUUCACUCGCCAGAAUUCUUGAAUUCAUUAACAAUGUCAGGACUACCUAACCAUGAAAUCAAGCUUAAAGUAGGGGCUCCUAUUAUGCUUAUGCGAAAUAUCAACAAAUCUAUUGGUCUUUGUAACGACACUUGA